AUAGUACAACUUGGAACUGCUGGACAACCUACAGCCCUGUGUAUUAAGCCCAUCAAAAAAACAAAGAAGAGGUUGCGACAAUAGAAUAAAUUUAAUUUUCAAUCUGUCAAUUAUCGUUCCUAUCAAUCUUUUUUGCGAGAAGGCUGUGGCACACGUUUUGUCAAAAGAUACGCCACGAUGCAAAUUUUCGUGAAAACCCUCACGGGAAAGACCAUCACCCUCGAGGUCGAACCCUCGGACACCAUCGAAAAUGUAAAAGCCAAAAUCCAGGAUAAAGAGGGCAUCCCACCAGAUCAGCAACGUCUUAUCUUCGCUGGUAAGCAGUUGGAAGAUGGACGUACUUUGUCCGACUAUAACAUCCAGAAGGAAUCCACCCUUCAUUUGGUACUCAGAUUGAGGGGAGGUAUCAUUGAGCCUUCCCUUAAGAUUUUGGCACACAAAUACAACUGUGACAAAAUGAUCUGCCGCAAGUGCUAUGCCAGGCUCCACCCUCGUGCCACUAACUGCCGCAAGACCAAAUGUGGACACACAAACAACUUGCGCCCCAAGAAGAAGUUGAAGUAGAUGCUUACUCUGUGUUUGGCUCACUCUUACAGGUUUUUCUUUUAUGAUUUGGACAUAACAGUUUUUUGAUAUGUAAGAGGAAGCUUUUCAAUAAAUAUUAUUUUAUAAGAGGGA